GCGUACAAAACGCUGAGCAUUAUCUCCCUGCUCAUUCCUCGAACGAACAUGUACGUCAACAGUGUUUUGUGUUUGCUUAGCUUAGUUUUUUAUAGUGCAACAUGUAGGACUAUUUACUCGUAUUUGGAACUUAACGUGCCCACCAACGAAGAGCUCGAAUUCCUAAAACAAUAUGGCUAUUUGCCGGACGAGAUUAGUGGUGCGGACUUCUCGUACACGGCGCAUUCUUUAUCAGAGGCGCUAAAGAAGAUGCAAGCGUUCGCCGGCCUCCCCCAAACCGGCACCUUAGACCCAGAUACGAAACAGCUGUUCACAAAGAAGCGAUGUGGAGUCAAAGAUAUUGGAACCUCAUCGGAGUUGGCUCGGAAUCGUCGCUACAUUCUGCAGCAGGCGUGGACCAAGCAAUACAUUUCCUACAGAGUAGUGAACGGGUCCAGCACACUGCCCAAGUCCCGCGUUGAGAAGUGGAUGGCGGCCGGUCUUGAGGUGUGGGCCCCGCACGGUAACCUGCGCUUCUACCCAGUGGACGAGGGCCGCGCCGACAUACAAGUCACCUUCUUCAGAGGGGAUCAUGGAGACGGAUAUCCUUUCGACGGGCAAGGCCACGUGGUGGCUCACGCCUUCCCGCCGCCACACGGCGCCAUGCACUUCGACGACGACGAGCUCUGGGGAGACAACCCUGAGGAAGACGAGGAGGAUGUGACAGACUUCUUCGCAGUGGCGGUGCACGAGAUCGGCCACGCGCUCGGACUGUCCCACUCUAACGUCAAGCAGUCGGUCAUGUACCCGUACUACCAGGUGCCCGUCGAGAAACUGCACAUGGACGAUAUAUUGGGGAUGCAGGAGCUUUACUUGAAAGACCUAGAAGAGAGUACGGAGAGCCCGGUAGACCCAACGUCCUUAGUGCCGAGGUUCACAAAGGCGGACAGUGAAGAGGAUGAGGACUAUAUACCCGACCUCUGCCUGACCAACUACGACACGCUGCAGGUCAUCAACGAUAGGAUUUAUGUGUUUGAAGAGGAGUGGGUGUGGGUGCUCCGCGACAGGCACGAGAUAGAGCCGGGCUACCCGAAGCGGUUCCAGGACGUGUUCCAGGGUCUGUCUGCGCACAUCACCAGCAUUAAAACAAUAUACCAGAAAAGCAACGGGAACGUCGUUAUUUUUUCAGAUCGCGAUUACUGGGAGUUCGACUCGUCAUUCCACUUCAUCAAGGACAGCACGAUAUCCGACUACUCCAUACCUGAAGACGUCACGGAACUGACGACUGUGUUCCUCUCGAAUUUCAAUAACAAGACUUAUUUGAUUGAGGAGGAGCGCUACUGGCGGUACGACGAGGUCACGAGCACCAUGGAUGAAGGCUACCCUAAGGAUAUGACCAUGUGGAGGCAGGUGCCUUAUCCUGUGAAUGCUGCUCUCGUGUGGAAAAACGACACGUACUUCUUCCAAGGCCCUCGUUUCUGGCGGUUCGACAACGUGCUGGUGCAGGCUCACGAGUACUACCCGCUGCCGACCGCGCAGGUCUGGUUCAACUGCAAGUCCAACACUGAGAUGGAUAACUACACCUUCAACGAUGGACCAUGAGACUUUUCGAGUAACUUUGCCACCCGAAAUUAGCUACAAGUGAAUUCACAAUAGACUAAUCACCAAACAUUUCCGCCUCAAAAGACCUCGUAGCAUACCUUAAGAUUGCAUAAACCAAACAAAAUAAAACUCA